CCCGCGGCCCCGCCCCGCAAGCGGGCGCCGGGGAGCGGAAUUAAAGGGGCCGCGGGGUGCGGGGAGGAUGGAGCCGGGCGGUGGCGACGGCCUGGUCCCGGCGGGGGCCGGCAGCCUCCUGUACUUCGCCUACGGCAGCAACCUGCUGCGGGAGAGGCUGCUGCUGAGCAGCCCCUCGGCGGCGCUCUGGGCGGUUGCCCGCUUGCAGGAUUUUAAGCUCGCUUUUGGCCAUCAUCAAGGCAGGAUAAGUCCUCUCUGGCAUGGAGGUACAGCUACCAUUGUUCAGAGCCCUGGAGACGAAGUAUGGGGAAUAAUCUGGAAAAUGAACGCUAGCAAUUUAAGUUCUCUGGAUAAGCAAGAGGGAGUUGAAGAUGGCAUUUAUGUCCCAAUAGAAGUUAACGUCCACACUCAAGCAGGAGAAGUACUGACCUGUCGAAGCUACCAGAUGUGUGACUGUGUCUGUGGUCCCCCUUCUCCCCAGUAUAAAAAGGUUAUCUGCAUGGGUGCAAAACAGAAUGGCUUGCCAAUGGAAUAUCAGAAGAUAUUAGAAGCUAUAGAAACUAAUGACUAUGCAGGACCAGUGCCAAUCUUGGAAGAAAUUGAAGCUGCUACUAAGGCAAAGAAAAUAAAUUCUGCGUAGAAUACUUCUUCAUUUGCUUGGCCAUUCACCAUGAUUUACAUCUCCUUCCUCACUCUGUUGAUCUGCAGUUUCUUUAUUCCUCAGGAAAAGAUGAGUUUGGUGUACAUCUACAGUAAGCCAUUAGAUAUAGCGUGCAGUUUGAAGACACGCUGGCAUUGAUAACUUCUUCACUUUGGAUGUCUAGUUCGAGUACUUGCUGAAGUUUUCGCAGAUUUGGAAACUAUCUUUCUGUAAUUCUCCUGCAGUGCUGCACAUGAAUUUGUGCUUCACAUCCAUCUGUUUACAGAGCUUUUUAAAAGAAAAAGGCCAUCCUGCUAGGAAUUUGUAUCUAUUGCUGUGUGAGGAAUAAGGGCUGCAGCAUCAGGCCCUUUGUUCUUAAAUGCUGUGUACACAAUUAUCAAGAACUUCAAAGGUUUCCUAGGGUGCAAAGUAGAUUCAAAACUCUGAAGCAAGACUAAAUAUUUGUCUUUUAUUUCCUGCUACUGCUCUUAACAGUUUAAAGCCCAACCUAUCUGAAGCUAUGGCGUUUUUGUCUGCAUUAAAAGGUUAAUAAAGAAAGCAGAGGGAUUUUUUAAAA